AUGACCUCUCUGCUGGAGGUGAACCCCACGGUGAGGGGGAUCAGACCCCCGACCAGCCUGCACAGUCUGGCUGCACGCAUCACACAGGAGAUCUCACAGGGAGUGGAGAAACCCUUCCAGCAGGUGAUUGAUGUCAGUUUGGGGGAUUUCCACAGGGCGGGGAUGGCACCCAUCUCAUUUGUUCGCCAGGUUUUAGCAGCAAGUCUUUACUCGGAGCUCCUCCAAGAUGUCAGUCUUCCUCUGGAUGCCAGGCAAAGGGCACAGAAGCUUCUGGAGGCCUGUAAUGGAGGGAGUGUGGGCUCAUACUCUGUGACCGCCUGUGGUCUACCAUAUGUCCACAGAAGCAUUGCAGAGUUCAUCAUGAGGCGAGAUGAUGGAGUGACUUCAAACCCAGAACACAUCAUCUCCUCCAGCGGUUCUUACAAGGCUUUGUCGAUAGUUUUGCACCUGCUGGCCAGCAGGGAGGGGGAGACUCAGACGGGCGUGUUGACUCCGGCGCCCUGUCCACACACCUUGCCGGCCCUGCUGGAUGAGGCCGGGGUGACCCUGGUGCCGUACCGGCUGGUGGAGGAGCGUGGCUGGGCUGUAGAUCUGGAUGAGCUGCACAGAGCUUUGAGGGCUGCUAGGGGGCGCUGUAAUCCCAGAGCCAUUUACAUUAGCAACCCAGGAAACCCCACAGGUCAUGUGCAGGACAGGAAAUCAAUAGCAGAAGUGAUUGGUUUUGCUGCAGCCGAGGGCCUCGUCCUGUUGGCUGACGAAGUGUACCAGGACAGUGUGUACGGACUGGAGCAAGAGUUUAUUUCCUAUAAGAGAGUCCUGUUUGAGAUGGGCAGAGAGUACUUUGAGACCGUGGAGCUGGUCUCCUUCCACUCUACAUCCAGCGCCUGCAUGGGAGAGUGUGGUCUGAGAGGAGAAUACAUGGAGGUCAUUAAUAUGGACCCAGCAGUGUUUCCAUAUUUAGAAAUAUUACAGGCCAGCCCUCCCGUUCUAUCUCUCCUGGCUCUGGAGGUCAUGGUCAAUCCACCCACACCUGGAGAUCUUUCCUAUCAAACAUACUCACAGGAGAUUCUUCACUCUCAGCUGACUCUUUCCCAGAAUGCUCAGCGUGCUUGUGAGUUCCUGAAUGAUCUACCAGGGAUGGACUGCCGACCCGGGAUGGGAGGAGUCUUUCUCUACCCCCGUCUUAAUUUACCACCUCAGAUGGUGGAGGAGGCCCAGAUGUUAGGAGUGCAGGCUGAUGUGCUUUACUGCCAGAGGUUCCUGGAGGAGGAAGGUGUGUGUUUGGGAGCUGGCUCUGAGAACGGACAACAAGAUCCAAACUACCACAUCAGGCUGUGUGUUUUGGCUCCUGCUGCCACUCUGGACCAGGUCUUGGCACGACUUGGCUCUUUUCACCGGCGCCUGCUGGAUACAUUUCCCUGACAGUGUCGAGGACACAGACACAGAGGGAAAAUAUCAAAACACCAUUAACUCAAAUCAUUCAAAUAUUAUAAAUGACCACUGUAAAUAACAUUAAUAGAUUGUGUCUUGAUCUUGCAAAGACUAUGAUAUGACUCCUAUAAUAACUUGUGAAAUAGAAGAUGGACAGUGUAGAGAGACAAAAAAAGUAAAAUCACACACCUUGAGGUAAAUUAUUUUCUUUUACUCUGGUUUGCUCUUUAUCAACAACACAAGUUUUUGUAUCAAACUAUAAAAACAUCAUGAACCAUUUGACGAUUCUUUGUAAAGAAAAAACUAAAUAAAAUCCAGUUUGU